UGCAGUGCGUGCAGACUGAGAGGGGGGUGAACCAUUCAGACUGCCCCCCUGUCACUGAUUCACAAAUCAGCACGAUAACCGCUUUCUGUUUCAUAUUGUGGGAGCCUGAAGCAGCCUUCCUAACCGGUGUUCCUUUCAGCCUGUCCAUAAAGAAAAGAAUGUAUCCGGUUGGUGGGAUAUCUGCAAGCAUAUACGCCAACAGGCUCCGAUCAGAGGGCAUGGGUUCCAAUGAGCAGGCCGUGCACUUUGCCAGCCAGGACUACGAGGCUCUGAAGCAGGAGUGUGUGGAGGCAGGCUGCCUGUUUGAGGAUCCCUGCUUCCCCGCUGAGCCCCCAUCUCUGGGCUUCAAAGAGCUUGCACCCUAUUCAUCUAAAACCAGAGAUGUGGAGUGGAUGAGACCCACGGAACUGACAGGUGACCCCCAGUUCAUUGUGGGCGGAGCCACCAGAACGGACAUUUGUCAGGGUGCUCUUGGCGACUGCUGGCUCUUGGCAGCCAUUGCCUCUCUGACCCUGAAUGAGAGGCUCCUUCAUCGAGUUGUUCCACACGGCCAGUCCUUCCAAGAUGACUAUGCUGGAAUCUUCCACUUCCAGUUCUGGCAGUUCGGCGAGUGGGUAGAUGUUGUAAUUGACGAUCGAUUGCCUGUCAAAGAUGGAGAGCUCAUGUUUGUCCAUUCAGCUGAGGGCAAUGAAUUUUGGAGUGCACUUCUUGAGAAAGCGUAUGCCAAGCUAAAUGGCUCCUAUGAGGCUCUCUCUGGAGGAAGCACCACAGAGGGCUUUGAGGAUUUCACAGGCGGAGUGUCUGAGAUGUAUGAGCUGCGCAAGGCACCUAAAGAUCUCUACAGGAUAAUCAGUAAAGCCCUGGAGAGGGGCUCCCUGCUGGGCUGCUCUAUUGACAUAACCAGUGCCUUCGACAUGGAGGCUGUGACCUUCAAGAAGCUUGUGAAGGGCCACGCCUACUCUGUCACCGCAUUGAAGGAGGUUGAAUAUGCUGGGAACAUGGUGCGCCUUAUCCGAAUACGUAACCCCUGGGGCCAGGUGGAGUGGACUGGAGCCUGGAGUGACAAUUCCAGUGAAUGGGAUGAAAUUGACCCAUCUGAAAGGGAAGACCUGCAUCUUAGCAUGGAAGACGGAGAGUUUUGGAUGUCCUUCAGUGAUUUUUUGAGGCAGUUUUCCCGACUGGAAAUCUGCAACUUGACUCCAGACGUCCUGAGUGAGGACAGCCUCAGUCACUGGAACACCAUGAAGUUUUACGGCACAUGGAGGAGAGGCAGCACCGCUGGGGGCUGCAGGAACCAUCCCAACACAUUUUGGAUAAAUCCUCAGUACAAGAUCACGUUGCUGGAGGAGGAUGAUGACCCAGAGGAUGAUGAGGUGGCGUGCAGUUUCCUUGUAGCCCUCAUGCAGAAGGACCGGCGCAGAUUCCGACGCCAGGGCCAGGACAUGCACACCAUUGGCUUUGCUAUUUAUGAGAUUCCAGAGGAGUACAGAGGCUGCCAGAAUGUUCACUUGAAGAAAAAUUUCUUCUUGAGUAAUUCAUCGUGCGCUCGAUCUGAGACCUUCAUCAACCUUCGUGAGGUGAGCACUCGGCUGCGGCUGCCGCCCGGGGAGUACCUCAUCGUGCCCUCCACCUUCGAACCUGGCAAAGAGGCCGACUUUGUCCUCAGGGUUUUCACCGAAAAGCAAUCAGAGACAGAGGAACUGGAUGAUGAAAUAUCUGCUGAUUUUGGCGAUGAGGAGGAAAUAACAGAAGAUGGUAUUGAUGAUUCGUUUAAGUCCAUGUUUGCCCAACUAGCAGGAGAGGACAUGGAAAUCUCUAUUCGUGAGCUCAGGACAAUUCUCAACAGAGUGGUCUCCCGACACAAAGAUCUAAAGACUGAUGGCUUCAGCGUAGAAUCAUGCAGAACCAUGGUCAACCUGAUGGAUAAAGAUGGCAGUGCUCGCCUGGGACUGGUAGAAUUUCAGAUCCUGUGGAACAAAAUCCGAAAGUGGCUGGUCACUUUCAGAGAGUUUGAUCUUGACAAGUCAGGAGCCAUGAGCUCAUAUGAGAUGCGACUCGCUGUGGAAGCAGCAGGCUUUAAACUGAAUAAUCGGUUGCACCAGAUUCUUGUGGCGCGGUAUGCAGAGAAUGAACUGAUUGAUUUUGAUAACUUCAUCUGCUGCUUGGUCAAGCUUGAAGCCAUGUUCAGAUCUUUCCAGCAGCUAGACAAGGAGGGCUCAGGAGUUGCUGAGAUUAACCUCACAGAGUGGCUUUAUCUGACCAUGUGUGGAUGAGGAGCCCUGCAGUUUCAGGAGAAGCUGCAAAAAUAUAGUGCCUGUUGCUCUGAGGACCCCUCAGGCUGUAAAACACCCCACCGCAGUGCAAACACAACCUAACAUAGGAGCUUUAUAAGAAAGUGCAGAUGCACUAAAGGCACAUGUGUCCUAGAAAUAUUUCUGAAAAUAUGCAAUACCACAGCAAAAAAAAAAAAAAAAAUGGUCAUGUAAAUCAAUUAUCCCCAGUACUGAAAAUAGCAUAUGCCUUUGCAUGAUACACCAGCUGGAAUCUGCAUCAUAAUUUGACAUUUUAAUUUACUAAGUUUAUUUUAAUAUUAUUACUGUCAAGUUAUGUCCUAAUUUUGUCAUUUUAUGCUUACUAAAAGCUGUUACUGUAUUUGUGGGUUUUUUUUCCUGUCAAUGAUUUUUAUUUAUCAAAAAUAAUCACCUCAGAAUUUCACCUAUGGCUCCUUGCUCCCACCUGCAGGUGGCAGUAGAGUCCUAGUUAAUGCCAACUUUUCACUUUUAUGUUGAGAUAGUUCAGUAUUUAAGUUGAAGAAACUAGUUGUUGUUUUGCACUAAAAUUUUAGCUGAAGGAAUCCAUCAGUGAUGUCGCUCACAUUAAUCACAUUUAUUGUAUGUGACAUUAAACUGACAUAACUUUUAUGUAAGGGUUGCCAUAA